UGUGAAUAUUGUGAUAAAGUCUUUAAGAAAUGGAAUCAACUACAACGCCAUACAAAAUCACAUGAUGAUGACAAACCAUUUCAAUGUAGUUCUUGUACAGCAUCAUUUAAUGUUGAAGAUAAUUUAAUUUUACACGAAGCCACCCAUGUUGGAGAGAACAAAGAUCCCAUCUGUCCAGAAUGUGGGAAGAAAUUUUCCCGUGUGGCCUCACUCAAGGCUCAUAUCAUGCUACACGAAAAAGAAGAGAAUUUGAUGUGCCCUGAAUGUGGAGAUGAAUUUGGAUUACAGAGUCAGUUAGACAGACAUAUGCAGGAACAUAGACAAGAACAUGUGGGUGUACGGGUGUUUCCAUGCCGACAAUGUCAUCAGGAAUUUACAAAAUUAUCACUUCUCCGACAACACAUGAAACAACAUUAUAAAGUCCGGGCAUCUCUAUCCCAUCGUACGUAUAAACGAGAUAUUGAUAGAUCUGGUUUUAGUAACAGAUGUAAACAUUGUAAUAAACACUUUCAAAAACCCAGUCAGUUACAAAGACAUGAGAGAAUACAUACAGGUGAAAGACCAUUUAAAUGUGAUGAAUGUGACAGAACUUUCAAUCAAAAAGGAGCUUUACAGAUUCAUAAAACUAAACAUACUGGUAAAAAACCUCAUACUUGUGAUUUCUGUCCCUCAGCCUUCUCACAACGUGGAAAUCUUAGAGCCCAUAUUCAGAGAGUUCACACCCUAUCGAAGGAUUCUGAAGGUCCAACAUAUGAAUGUGGAGAAUGUAGUUGUAUGUUUAAAAAACUGGGAAGUUUAAAUGCUCAUGUGAGUCGAGCUCAUUCAGACCCUGCUGUAAGUUAA